AUGGAUAACUUGAAUAUCACUAGUUUAAAGCCAUAGUAGAGAUACACAAGGAACUAAACAUUCUAAGUCAAGAAAUCUAAUUCUAUUCCUAAGACAAACGUACUUCUAAUAACUAAAACCUCAAGAAACUAAUUACUUAGCUAGCCUGGCUGGAGUAAUACUAAUGAAAUGAAAAAUACAACCACCUCUGGAGACUCCAAAGAAGCUUACUAAGUUAACUAUCAAUCUCCUCUAAAUAAAGUCUCCUAAAAUUAGAGACUCAAUUAUACAGAUAACAAGCAAAGUUAUAACAAAAAUCAUUAAGCUAACUAUUAAGUAAAAGGAAUUGAGGCCUUCGAUUAGAAUGCAUAUAAUGAUAAAAUACCUAGGAAUAAUGCAACGAUGGAGUCAUCUGCAGACUUGUAAAGCCAAACAAACUAUACCAAACAAACUCCAGUUACAGCAAGCAAAACUAAUGUUUAAAGAAAUAACUUUGGAGCAUCAAAUGAGUCAGCUUAGUUCUAAACUAUGAACUCAGGAUUUUACAAGAAAGAAUAGAUGUAUAAAGUUUAAGGUAAUAGCUUCAAGAAUAAAAAUGGCACACUUCCUUCUAAGUAACCAAUGAGUCAACCUAUCAAUAGGUAUGAAGUCUAUUAAAGUUAAUACUCAAUCUAAGGAGGAAAAUCAAAUGUUGGAUCUCCUGAUCUACAUAACAGAUCAGUUGUUUUUAUGGCUUCUCCCAAUAUAGGAUUGCCUAAGCAAAAUCUAACUACCUUCCAAUCAAUAAUAGACUACAAUGAGGGAUAAGCACAUGAUAAUUCUUAAAGUAAAUCUGCUUAAAAGGCAUACUUCAAUCAUAAUAGGAGCAGCAGUAAGAAUCAAGUUAUUUAUUAGAAUGAUCAUGAGUAUUUCAACACUCAGAAGGGACUUACUAAUGAUUCAAUUAGAACAGCCAAUAAGUCAAGGAAUGGGAAAAUGAUACACAACUAUACUACUGGAAACAAAAAAAACUAUAGUAAUAAUAUUAGAUCUAACAACUCAGUAAUUAUCAAUGCUGGAACAUAGAAUCAAAAUAAUAACUCGCUGCUUCUAAAGAUACUUAAUCUUAAGCAGUAUCAACUUCAGUCAUCUCAUGAUGGUUCACCGUUAAAAGACGAUAAAAUGGACUCAUAGAUAGAAUCUCAUAAGUUGAAUACAAGUUUAAAUAAGUUCUUCUAAAAAAGAAAGGAAGCUCCAGACUUCAAUUCAAAUCAGCAGUAAAAAUAAGCUAUUACUGAGAUCAAACAAUCUAGAAAUAAUCUUGGCAAGAUUAGCCACACUUAUUAGUCAAAUUAAAAUCCUAAUGCGUCAUUUUAUUCUUAGGUAAAAAGAAAAGACUAUUUGGAGAAAUAGUAGAAAGAGUUCAUCGAAUCUUUGGGUAUUAAAAAUAGUUAUUAUAUUCCUGGAGAUGUUGAUUUCCUUGAGAGAAAUCUAAGAGAAAUCGCUAAUAAUUCUCAUAAUAAAUCAUAUAUGGAAUCUGAAACUUCAAAGUUGAGUGUUGCAGAUAAAUCAUUUGAAACUGGUAAAAAAAUAAUUGGUUAAUCUCCCCUUACAAAAAAAAGAGUAAACCCCUAUGUGAAAAAGGAAUAGAAAUUUAAAAAAAUUUAUGAGGAAAAGCUUGUUGAGUUGCGAGGCUAGUAAAAUACAAUAACAAAGCCAGGAGAUAGUAUUUCAAGCAUCAAAUAGCUCAAACCUCCAGACAUUUCUCUUUACAAGGAAAGAAAUGAUCCCUACUAAAUAAUAUCCAAUAGAAUUAAAACAAGAGCUCAAAUGAUUGAAAGGAAAUAUUUGGAUAAAAAUGUUAAAAUUUUAGAAAAAUUCUUUGACCCAUUGAGGAUAAGAAUAAGAGUGAUGCCUGUGUCUAGAGCUCCAUUAGUCUAAGGAAAGAACUCUGAUUAUUAUUUUAUUGAAGCAGCAAAACUAAGUUUAAAAGGAGACCUGACUAAUGCAAUUGAAUAAUUAAAAAAAGGACUAGAGCUAAAGCCAACUCACUUCCUUUGUAGAUUUAAUCACGGAGUACUCAUGUUUAAACUUGGCUUAAUAUAGGAAGCUACCUCUGAUUUUGAAAUUCUAAAUAGAAUAUAUGGAUUGAAAGAACCUGCUUCUACCUACAAUCUUGCAAUAUGCUACGCAUAAAGUGGAAAAUACUAAGAGGGUAAUGCUCUUUGUUCCCUAGUUAUAGAAUCAUUAGGAAAGUAAUUUUAUGAUAAAGAGCUACUAUAAGACGCUUUCAAGUUAAAAGGAAUCUGUUCUUUCAGAUUAGGUGAUGCUAUAGAAUCAAUCAAGAGCUAUAACUUAAGCAACAAGUACAGAAUAGAGGCUAUCUAGGAUAAAUAAGACAUUGAUGACAAAAACAAAUAAAUGACAGGAUAUGAGCUUGAGUGUAUUUACAUAGAUCUAUUCAUUGAGGAGACUAAACACAUAUUUUAAGACUCAAAGUUCUAAUAGGCAUUAAUGAAAGCUUCAAAAUCUUAAAAGCAUCUUAGGCCUUUACUUUUUGACAUGCACUAGUUUAAGAGGUUCGGUUCAGAGAAAAAUCUUGAUGUUAAAACCUAGAAGAACUUUCAAAUUAAGCUUAUAAAUUAAAAUACUGGAACCGCUUAGAUAGAAGACUGUGAGUCGCUAGGCUAAAACAGUGAUCGUCUAAAUUAGCAAGAUUUCAACAAGCACAUCUUAAUAAUGGAUAAGUCAUCAUAAAAAUUGGAUGUAAAUCAUUAAAGAUAACCUUCUAAAUCAAUGAAAAAAGCUAAUAGACCUGACCAUAGAAAAAAUUAUUCGUUAGAUCUUAAUGCUGACAAAGAUCAGAAGACUGAGGCUGUAAGUCCAAAUAACAAAAACAAAUCGAUUAGAAAUUUCAGGAAAGUCUCAUAUAAUGAUUUCUCUAGUUUAGUCAAUAAUUAGUUGCACAAUACAAAGAAGCUAACUUAAUCAAUUAGAUCUAGAGUUGAAAAGGAGAAGUUAAAAAAAUUUGUCGGGAUUACUAAUCUGUCUGUAUUAGAGGCAAAUUAAUUCGAUUUGGAUUAGCAGAAGUCAAAAAUCUACGAAGAUUAGAUAUAUAAUGAGUUAAGAGACACAAAAAAUAAUAUAAUAAAUGCUGGGUCUAAAUAUAGGCUAGAGAAGAUAUAUGGAAUUAGUACUGAGCAUGUGAAUAGCUCAUCAAUAAUAUUUGAUGAUAUAACAGAAGAAGAGAAGAAAGAGAUUGAUAAAAGACGAAGAAUCGAAGCGGAGCUAAAUCAAUCUUCAGAUAAUUAAUAGCUUAAACUGUUUAAAGAAUAAGAGUAGUAAGAUGAUAAGUUCCUUUAAUUCUUGCUUGGGGCAAAUGAAAUUAAGAUGAGAGAACUAUUAGGAACUUAUAAUGAGAACUCAAUAAAAGCAGUAAUGAAUGAGCAAAGAGACCUCGAAAAUAUGCUUAGAAACAUGAGGGAGAAGUUUUCCUUAAAAGAGCAGGAAUGGGAGAGAGAAUAUGCUCACGAGCAACGCAGAAUUAUGAAUCUCUCACUGAAUGAUAGUGAUGAAUAAGAAGAAGUUGGUUUGAGCAAUAGAUCUCUCAAAAGAAAAAAGACUAAAGAAACAGUCAUUGACAAACUUAAUAAGAGUUUAAUUGAUAAUGAAGUUACGCCAGAUGACAUUUAAAAUAUUUUGAUAAGAGAUCGAGACGAGAAAUAAAUAAAGGAAAACCAGAGCAAAUACUAGCUUAAGAAGUAAAGGAAAAGAUUAGCUUUAAGGCAAGUAGAAGUAAUUAGGAGAGAGUUUGCUAAUCUCAAGGAGAAUGAGAACCAGAAGAGGACAAUCAAACAGUUGGAUUAAAUUCUUUAGACAUUAAAAUUUUUCUAGAGAUUUGAUGAAGCCACCAGAAGUAAAAUUUAUCUUAAUUCAGAGCUGCUAACGCUUGAUGCAUAAACUGUGAUCUUUAACCAAGGUGAUGUUGGAGAUAAACUUUAUAUUAUCUUAAAAGGGAGAGUGGCAGUUUAAGUAAAUUCCCCUGAUUAUGGCAACUUGCCAGUUGUAGUGGCAACACUUAAUGAUGGUGAAUAAUUUGGAGAGCUCUCAUUGAUAAAGCUGAAUAAACUUCAAGAUCAUAGUAAAUAAGGGGAGAUUUAAAUUAUUGAGGAAAAAUCUCAUGAAGAGUUUGCAAAAAGAAAAGCUACUUGUAUUGCAGUAGAAACCACAGAUUUACUUACUUUACCUAAGGAAAUAAGCAUUUAAUUAUAUCAGCCUGAUGCUGCUCCUAAGAGAAAGAGCAGAGCAACCAUUCCUACUAAGAAUGCGAGAAGAAAAACAAUUGAUAGUAUAACUUAAGAGGAGUAGGAUGAGCUAAACUAAAAAAUCUAAUUUUUACAAUCAUUAGCUCUGUUUGAAGAGAUUGAUGCAGAGCUUUUGAUGCCUAUCGCAGUGAAUAUGAUUCCUUGCACUUUUAAUUUCGGUGAGUAUGUAAUUAAAGAAGGAGAAAUACCUAAAGGACUCUAUAUCAUAAAAUCUGGCUAAUGCAAAGUAGCUUGCCGUAGAAUAGCUGAGAGGAAUAAAAAUGAGAAUGAAUAGGGGCAACUAAACAAGAAACUAGGAGAGAAGAAGAAAAUCAAGGACAAGCAUCCUCUUUUUAAUGAUUAUGACCCAGACAACUCAAUUUUGAAUAUGACAUUCUCAUAACUAAUGCCUAAAAAUUUCUUCGGAGGCAGAGUUUUGUUACCAUUUGAAAUGUACAUUAAUCUCAGACGAAUAUACUUUGGCUAGGAGGACCUUUUGAGAUAUUAUCCUAAGUCAACACCUCAGACAGUUAUAGAUCAAGAAUCAGAGGAGCACUUUUAAAUGAGAAGUUUAUUGUCUGUAAUAGCUGACUCAGGUCAGGUAGAGGUAUAUGUUCUUGAUAGAAAUGAUAUGAGCUUUAUUCCAGAUUUUAUUGUAAGAAGAGUUUAUGAGAAAAUUGCUCUGACUCGUGAACCUGAUCGACCAUAUAAUCCCUAGAGAGUUGAAGAGAUAAAAGAUGCUAUGAUUAAAUGGGAUAAAUAUAAAGUAAAAUGUGUUGAGAAAUUGUUCAAAGAAAAAUAACUGCUAGAGAAGAAUAGCUAAAUCAGAUGA